AUGGGCAAGCUACAGCCAGAUUGUGAUCCCAAUGAUCUCCCUCCUCCGUACGAACAGGUGGUCUCUGGACAACCCUCUUUGGACGACUCUCUUCCACCUCUGGCUGGACCUUCCACAGCGACACCCCCGAUCGCCGACAAUGAAGUACAAGACAAUGACAGAUCUGAGAUUACUGAGCGACCGUCUACAACCAUGUCCCCCUUUUUGAGUCAAGAUCCCACCGCACUUCACAGUCUUAUCAGCCACGAGGCUCGCAUACCCCCACGACCGUGUCUAAGUGUCCGCGGCGCACAUCAAGAGACCCACCCCGACCGAAAUGAUCGCAAGGAAAACCGCACGGAGUCUGUGGUCGAUUUUGACUUCCGGAUCAAUCUGACAAAUUACUUGGUGGGCGACCCCGAUCACGAUGCAGGCUGGUAUCAGUUGCGCGUAGCGCGGGACGGGGAUGGGCAAAAGCUAUAUCGGGGUGGGCGAUGUCGGUCGCGUACGUGGAAGCGAAACGCAAGAGGGAGGAGGGUCAGGCUGCCAACCGAAGAAGACGGUACUGCUACUGAAAAUGUCGGGUUGGUCGAGGAUGAUGCAGGACCGGAUCUCAUGGGCUGGUGUGAGCGGUUCUGCCAGGACCCCUCCCCAGUCAAAUCCUUCACGUUCACCCGGCACAUCGAGAACUUCAACUCAUCUAUCAUCCAUUCUACUCUAACUUCCCAUCUACGGUCUCUCAACUAUCAAGGCAACAUCGACAUCUCCACAUCCUUCUCCAACCGGUUGUUUACGGUCUAUUCGCCACAUUGGAUUAACCGUGCCCGUAACAAUAACUUUGUGUACUAUACCUGUCUUAUUCUUCAACUGUGGCUGAUCACCUGGCCGAUUAUUUGGCUCCUGGAGCGUCGGUACGCCGUUGUUGGGUCCGUGUGGCUGUUCUCCCGGGAGGUAGGAUCCCAGCACGUCUACGCACGUAAUCGAGAUGAAGCUGGUAUCGCGGAGGAUUUGGCCCCGGUGGUUACCCAAGCUGCAUGGGAACGACGGUUAGACGGCAAGGUCCUCACUCCGCAGGACAUGCGACUUCUUCGGCGGCUUGAGCGUGAGGGUCAAGAGCGUGGCGGACGAAUUCUGGUAGUGAACUGGGAUCGGAUCAGCGGAUGGGGCCGUGACCAGUAUACUUGA